UGGUUUCAGUCUUCGCUGAUCGAUGCCGCAUAAAUUCCCUGGAAUUUGAGGGGUUAUUGUCCACCAGUUUUGAAUUAGGGCAUUUAUUAAUUUCACUGUGAAAAUCUUGGGCCGCAACUCUGCCCACAAAGAAAUGAAUGCUCAGUGAGUCGUCUAUGAGGAGUCUCUCCUCUGCUCUCAAGGUCCCACAGCAAGAGCCUUACAACUGAGUCCCAGUUUGGAUGGGUUCAGGAGUGAUCUUCAACGAUCUUUUCACUUGAUUAUUUUUCGUACUGCAAUUUUUUCUUUUCUUUACGCAGUAGUCACUUCCUUUAGGAUCCAUUCUCAAUGUCAGACUCCUCAAAUGGGAAAGGUCAUUUGCCUUUCCCAUAGCAAUCGUUGGAGAGUCAUUUGUAUCCAUGACAAUACCGGUGGUUGUCCGACUAUCUGAUUGUGCACUAAACCUGACUCUGGGAUCUCGUACAUUUUCACCACAUUGUUGCGAGUUCUCACUUGAGCAAGAAAAAUCCAAACAGAGGUGGACAAUAUGACCCAGGAUGAGUCACAUGAAGAGUAAAGAGUUUUGUGGUCAUCCAAGAAAGUAUCCUACACGACACGAAGUUGUCUUCGCGUCGUUCUGUUUCUCCAACCUUCAGUGUCAAGUAUCAGGUGUUUGUGCUACUAGAUACUGGACAUUGCUGGAAGGUUGGAGUUAAUAAUUUGAGUUCAGCAGCCUUAACCCCUUUCUCUAGGUCGCGCGAGGAAUGACAGCCAUCUGUACGUGUCUUUUCCUUCAAUUUUUUUUUUGGUAUGAGGAUCUCAAGAUUGAUUACUGUGUAAAGGAGAGCGUAUGGUUUGAAUAUCUCCGACAGCUUUCUUCAUGAUUUUGGGUGUCCAACCUGGGGACCAAAUUCUGAAUUACCGUCGGCAUGUAGACCAUCUCUGUCUCAUGUUCUUUGCCAUCGCAGGACAUCAUCCACAAGGAUCAAGUAACUCUGUAUAUCUAGAGUGAAAGAAAAUGAAACCACGAAUUGGAGCCGAAGGUGAGAAGGCCACACAACUCGCACAGGAAGGACGAGGUGUAAGAGCUAAAGAUGGCAGACCGCCAUUGCCAACUGCAAUCGGGCAGGUCAGAGACAGUUUCGCUGGAGCUAAUGAGGAUGUACCAGAAAUCUCAGACGUUGCAAGAAUUCUUCUGAAGCAACAAGUUCAGGUUCUGACAGCUAAAGUUGAAGAGAUGGAGAGGAAGGUCGCUGAAGUAACUCAAAAGAGGAAUGCUGAGCGCAAAAGCAAGGGGAAAUUAUGUACCGCUGUGAAAGACCGUGACAAAGGAACUCUCACUAGAAAGCAGCAGCCUAUGCUAGAUAUAAGCAGACGGGAUGUAUCUCGAAGCAAGCGCAUGCAAGAACUAAUGCGACAGGUUCUAAGUAUUUUGAGACAGAUAUCCUCGCAUAAGUGGGCUUGGCCUUUCAUGAAGCCCGUGGAUGUCAAGGGCUUGGGUCUACAUGACUAUUAUGAGGUCAUCGAAAAGCCAAUGGACCUGGGCACGAUAAAGAAUAAAAUGGAUGCAAAAGAUGCUUCGGGAUACCAGCAUGUUCAGGAAGUCUAUCAAGACGUGCGGCUGGUCUUCUCAAAUGCUAUGAAAUACAAUCCAGAGGGUUCUGACGUAUAUGUGAUGUCUAAAACACUGUCAGAAAAAUUUGAGGAGAAAUGGAAGACUCUUGUAGAACCGAAAUUGCACGAGGAGGUGGACAUCUUUUCUGGAAUUGUUGACCAUGACCUUCAUUUCCUGAUGGAGUCGAAAAAAUCGCAGGAAGACAAUGAAGUAAGGACGAAAGAACCAGGAGUCCAGGCCGUGGAAGAGAUAGAUACAGAAGAAUUGACUGAACAAUAUGCACUUCAGUUGGAGGAGCUUGAUAAGCAGCUAGAAGAUUUGAAGCAACAAGCAACUCCCAAGUUGAGCAGCAGGGCAAUGUCUGUAGAGGAAAGAAGGCAUCUGGGGCAGAGCUUAGGGAGAUUGCCGCCUGAUAAUUUGAGUCACGUCAUUCAAAUCAUUGCACAGAAAAACCCCUCGUUCAACAUGAACUCCGACGAAGUCGAAGUAGAUAUCGACGCCCAAGACCCUGCAACACUCUGGAGGUUGCAGCGAUACGUGCAGGCGGUAUUAAGCGGGUCGGGUGGUCGCCAGGCUACGCCGAGGAACCAGGCUGCCAAACGCAAUGGUAGCUCUCUACAUAGCAAAAGCUCCAGCAAGCGUAGCAAGAAGGUCACCGUUCCUUGAUUGGAUCCCUUAAUCCAUCGAGCGUGUCCACGCCACCUUGUUUAGUUAGGCAGCAAGGAACAGUUUUCUGCGAUGCAAUGCAGCUCAGUACCGGCUAAUACCGGCCUCCUUAUUUCAGUUAUACUGGGUGCUGGAGAGACUUUUGAGCAUGCUUCCGAUCUAUCAAUAGACUUAGCAUGCUUCCCGCACAUCAAUUUCCUUAAUAACCCAUUUGCGGAUGGGCGGAUCUAACACUGUAGAUCUAUCAUCUGGAGCAGGAAAACUUGAAGAAUGAGUAAGAUACUGCAUGGUAUGCUUGUAGCCUGUAACUUGAUAGAAGUUUUUUCACAACUGCUGUGCGUUAUCUUCCACACAAUCAUCCUCCAAUGGCCUACAAAGAGCCUUCCAACUCAAAUUUUACGCGAAAACAAAAUUUUAAAUCAGAA